AUGGAACAACGGUUAAGCGUUGUCACAUCCAGUAAAGAUGGGGAGUGCAUCUGCAUCCCCGCGGGAGUACAGGGCGGAUCGAUCCGCCCCAUCGCAGUCGCGUGCUGUGCGUCCGACGUACGCCCGCCCGCCGCGAGAGCCUUCGAAUUUAGGCGGGAAAACGAACGUUUUGUUUACAAACUGAUAUCCAUCCUGGACGCGUCAGUGUAUUAA